AUGACAACCAGCGCUUCUGAUGUCACUAAUUAUGUCCCCACUAAUGCUAGUCUAUUCUCCAUACCCCUUGCCAUCAAUAGUGAAGGGAUGAUGGAUGGUGUGGACGCAACAAAUGGCAACAGGAGACACUGGUGUCAUGUUGCAUAUUGGGAACAUAGAACGCGCGUUGGACCCAUGUACUCAGUAUUCACAGACUCUGUAAAUAUCUUCUAUGACCUACCUCAUGGGGACGGAUUCUGCUUAGGCCUGCUGAAGCGGGAGGGCCGGCCGGAGUCCGUCACAAAAAUUCGACAGAAGAUCGACUACGGGCUAUCGAUGAGUCGGGAAGAGGACGGGGUGUGGAUCUACAACCGAAGCAACUAUGCCUUAUUUGUGAACUCCCCCGCACUGGAUAUACCUCACUCCAGGACAUUCACGGUCCACAAACUCGCACCAGGAUUCUCAAUCAAAAUCUACGACCACGCAAAGUCCAAGUUGUUAGAACUCAUGCACCGGGAGUCGGAGCCGCCCGAUGGCCCGGUGGAUCCGAACUCGAUACGAAUCAGCUUCAUCAAGGGUUGGGGACCACAUUACUCUCGCCAGUUCAUCACCUCGUGUCCUUGUUGGAUAGAACUGAUCAUGACGGCACCCCCGCGGUGA